ACCCCCACCAAGGAGAGUUUCGGGAGAAAUGUCUCGGCCAGCCGUUGCUUCAUCUUUUCCGGCGACGGUGGCGCUCGUACUGGCGGUGGUCCAACUCAUCACCAUACUUAUUCCUGCAGCCAUUGUCGUCGAAGCUCGCACGAAGACGAUUCCGGCAGAGCCAUCGCAGCUCGACGAAUGGAUCGCACACAACAUGAGAGAGUACCGUCAACGGAAGGCGAACGAGACAGGAGCCAAGACGCUGGAUCCGCGGCUUGCUAAGGCGGAGGAUUGCGCUCGAAUCAUCACCGUUAAACAAGACGGACAAGGAAAUUUCUCAACGAUCACUCAAGCGAUCGAGAGCAUUCCGUCCGGAAAUCGUGAGCGAGUGGUGGUGUGGAUCGGCGGUGGAACUUACCGCGAGAAGAUCACGAUCGAUUCUUCGAAGCCGUUCGUGACGCUGUACGGUCAGACAGGAAAAAUGCCGGUCAUAUCGUACGACGGAACGGCGUCGGAAUUUGGUACAGCCGAGAGCGCGACGGUGGCGGUGGAAUCGGAUUAUUUCGUCGCCGUCAAUGUUGCGUUUGUGAACUCAGCUCCAAUGCCGGAUGCAGGAAGAACAGGAGGACAAGCAGUGGCAAUGAGGAUAUCAGGGGAUAAGGCAGCAUUCCACCACUGCCAAUUCAUAGGGUUUCAGGACACUUUAUGCGAUGACAGAGGCAGACAUUUUUUCAAGGAUUGUUACAUCGAAGGCACUGUGGACUUCAUCUUUGGAAAUGGCAAAUCCCUCUACUUGAAAACAGUAAUAAACUCAGUGGCGGAAGGGACAGGAGUGAUCACAGCUCAAGCAAGGGAGAAUUCCACAGACGACAGCGGCUUCACAUUUGCAUAUUGCAACAUCACUGGAACUGGAAACACCUAUUUGGGAAGAGCAUGGAAGGAGAGAACUCGUGUGGUUUUUGCUUACACUUACAUGGGAACACUCAUUAACACCCAAGGAUGGUCCGAUAAAAUGCAGGGAACCGAACCUCGAAAGAGUAUGUACUACGGUGAGUACAAAUGCAAAGGACCCGGGGCAGACAGCACGGGACGAGCACACUACACGAGAAUACUCACGGACUACGAAGCGAAGGCGUUUUUGAGUAUGACUUAUAUCCAUGGAAACAAAUGGGUUCUACCACCUCCAAGGCUGUCCCUUCUCCCGGUGUCAUCUCAAUGCCAUGGCUGAUUAUGUUGUCUCGUGUUUCUUUUUGGAUAAAGUUUUGGUUGAUUCUUGUUGUUGUUGUACCAAACCGAUCAAUUUCUUGAGCUUUCCAGGAAGCCUCUCCUCUCUCUCAGUUGAUCUCUUCUUUUAAUCAUUUAUAUGUUCUUACAUUUACAAACAAUGCUGCGCGCAGUUUUGCAAGUUUAGGCAAAAAUAUGAUCAUGAAUGGGCCUUUGCCCACGCAUUUGUGUA